GCACUUUGUUACAUCGCGUCGUUGACCCCUGUCAGCUAUCCCACUAACCAACUCCAUAUGCUUAUGUGAGCAUCGCACGACAUUCGGCCCCAAAAGCUUGACAUAUAUAAAGCUACCACUCUAUGAGUCAAAUCAAAUGUCUAACCCAUUACUCAAAAACCACACGCCAUGAUGGCCUCCACCCUCCCCUCAAACGGCCGCCUCGUCAACAUCGGCACCCAUUCUCUGGCUCUCUACACUCACGGCCCAGAGCCCAGCAGCUCCAAAGACCCCGUGGUACUAUUCAUCUCAGGUGUAGCAAGCGAUGCUCUAAACUGGCAAGCCGUGGUGCGACUGCAAAGUCCGUCACUACGAAGCUACACAUACGAUCGUUCCGGCUACCACAACUCAGAGUCCUCACCGCUUGCUCCCACAGCCGAGAAUGUUGCUCUGGAGCUCUCGCUUCUGAUUAAAAAUGCGCCCAUCCCCAACCCUCUGAUCCUGGUGGGACACUCAUGGGCAGGUGUGCUCACGCACGAGUUCAUCGCGCUAAAAGGAACCGAUCAAGUCGCCGGUCUGGUGCUUGUGGACGCCAACCAUGAGACAGCGCCGCUGGUGAUGAACGUGAAUGAUCCAAUUCUCUGGACCGUUGCUGCGGGUGUUGAGCCAUACUCUGCUUGGGGCGUGGAGGCGGGCCAUAAGCUCACCCAGGAAGAGUGGGAUGCGUUCAGGGCGGCCGAGGCAACUGAGAAGUUUGAGCUGAUUAUGCGCAAGGAAGACGAGAACUACUUUCCGAGUUUCGAGACACUGCGGAAGAAAGAUCUGAGUAAGAGGCAGCCACUGGUUGGUGAUAAACCGGUUUAUGUGAUUGCGGGCACGCGAAGUAGGGAUUGGACUGGAUUGUACAAGGCGGGUGUUGCUAAAGGGAAUGGGACGGAGGAGGAGAGGAGUCAUGUGAGAGAGAUGAUUGAGGGGGUUGAUGCGAAGAAUGAGGGUCUUAUGAGGGAAUUUUUGAAACUGUCGACGAAGAGCGAGCUGGUCUUUGCCACUGAGAGUGGUCAUUUUGUGCAGCUGAUGCAGCCGGAUAUUGUUGUUGAUGGAGUGAAUUGGGUUCUAUAUAACCAACGACCAGCAGCUUCUUAAAAUCAUUAAUGUUGUUUCAAGAUAUAUAUACUUGAGGAAAGAUAAGAGGG